GCCAACGCAAUACCAUCAGGGCAGAACCUGAUGGAUACUAUAUUCGAAAUAUAAUAAGAUAGUUUCAUGUGCAUCCAGCUCGUAAAAGCCUUCUGUUGCUCGUAUGUCAAGUUUUGGUUGUAAUCAAUUCGAUACGCCCCUUUCACACCUUGCCUACGUCCCUCACUUACCUCGACCCCAACCUCAACUAUCAUGCCUUCAUCAACCAGCUGGAGACCCCUAAACAUUGCCAUAGUAGGCGGUGGCAUAGGCGGUCUAGCUGCGUCCAUCUCCCUCCGCAGGGCUGGCCAUAAAGUCACAAUCUACGAACGGGCCGAUUUCGUCGGCGAAGUGGGCGCCUCUAUCUCCUGCGCAGCAAACGGCACGAAGUGGCUUCAUAGAUGGGGCGUCGACAUUUCCAAAGGUGACGGUGUGGUGUUGCGCAAGCUGAUCAACCGCGACUGGAAUACGGGAGAGCCGGUGGAUGUCUAUGAUCUGGCUGAUUAUGAGGAAAAGUGGGGUUAUGUGUAUUACAUGUUCCACCGGCAGUAUAUGCAUGCUAUGUUCAUGGAUUGCGCGACGAGCGAGGAUGGGGAAGGUUUUCCCGUCAAGGUUGUGGUUAAUCACAAGUGCACGGCGAUUGACCUCGAGGCGGGUAUGGUGACGUUUGAGAAUGGAGUUACGGCUACCUACGACGUGGUGGUUGGGGCUGAUGGCAUCGGAUCUUCCGUUCGAGGAAUUAUUGGCAUCACGCCAGACAAGAAGCCUGCCAGCUCGAGUUGUCUGCACGUCAACGUGGAUACGGCCACUGCCGUGAAGAACGGGUUGGUUGACUACUCGCUGGAUAGUGCACUGGAGUACUGGGGCGGACACAAUACACGCAACAAGAUCGUGCUGUCGCCUUGCAAUGGAGGAAGCUUACUUUCGUACUACUGCUUCUUCCCGAGGGAAAAGGGGGAUUACGCCACGCAGAGCUGGACGAGCAAGGAUCUGCCGACGGAAGAUCUCCUGGCACCAUACCCAGACUUGGAUCCCAAGUUGCUCGAGCAUUUCAAGAUUGGUGUUGAGAUUCGCCCUUGGAGACUGUGGGUUCACGAGCCGUAUGGUUGGUGGCAAAAGGGAGUCGCUUGCGUGAUGGGAGAUGCUGCUCACCCUAUGAUGCCAGACCAAAGCCAAGGCGCGUGCAUGGCCAUCGAAGACGCCGCCUGCCUAGGCCUUGUCUUCAGCAAAGAACACUUCAACGGCGACGUCCGUGAAGCUCUGACAGUCUAUGAGGCCGUCAGGAAACCCAGGGCGACAAAAGUGCAGGCUGCUUCCGCAAGAGCCAGAGAGAACAUUCAUGAACGGAUCGGGUUCUCAUCCAACACGCAGAGCCCCCUAUACAAUGUCAAGGAUGAGAGCAAGAAGUUGACCAUCGAGGAGAUGAACACAUAUGAUAUGGAAAAGGACGUGGCGGACACUUUUGCUCAGCGGCGGAGUAGUUAAAGGGGGUGACUCGUUUUGUUUUGAAAGAAUUUCUUGGAGGGUAGCGACACGUCAUAAUACCUUUAGAAUUCAUUUCUGCUUGAAUUGCGUCUCUGGUCUAUGUAAUCAAAUAUCGCCGCCUAUGGAUUAAAUAUGUAGGUUAAAUGAUUCUGG